CUUACUCCACCACCCGCCCCCGCCGCUCCGCGCACACCACGUCCCGGCCGGGCCUCACGCUCUUCUCUCAACCCGAACCGCUCACUUGCCAGCCCUUCGCCCCCGGAGGCUGAGGGAACAUUUCCCGGAGCGCACUCCUCAGCCUGCCCUCCCCCCACGGCGCUCGCCCUCCCCUCCCCCCGCUCCUUCUUUCUUGGGGGAGGGGGGCUGUCGCCUGGGAUUGAAGGCCAUUGAUUUGUAUGUAUUUGUCCCGGCGCCGGAGGCUGCCCCAGCCGCCCGAGCGGGUGCCGCCGCCGCCGCCGCCAGUGGAGUUGCCUCCCAGCUUCCCCGGAGUGGUUAGGCUCCACCAAACAUGUCGGCUCCGGUCGGGCCGCGGGGCCGCCCGGCUCCCACCCCGGCGGCCUCUCAGCCGCCUCUGCAGCCGGAGAUGCCGGACCUCAGCCACCUCACGGAGGAGGAGAGGAAAAUCAUCCUGGCUGUCAUGGAUCGGCAGAAGAAAGAAGAGGAGAAGGAGCAGUCGGUGCUCAAAAAACUUCAUCAGCAGUUUGAAAUGUAUAAGGAACAAGUAAAGAAGAUGGGAGAAGAAUCACAGCAGCAGCAAGAACAGAAGGGUGAUGCUCCAACGUGUGGUAUCUGCCACAAGACAAAGUUUGCUGAUGGGUGUGGCCAUAACUGUUCGUAUUGCCAAACAAAGUUCUGUGCACGUUGUGGAGGUCGAGUGUCAUUACGCUCAAACAAGGUUAUGUGGGUAUGUAAUUUGUGCCGAAAACAACAAGAAAUCCUCACUAAGUCAGGAGCAUGGUUUUAUAAUAGUGGAUCUAAUACACCACAGCCACCUGAUCAAAAGACUCUCCGUGGACUGCGGCAUGAGGAGGCGCCUCAGGAGAAGAAAGCAAAACUGCACGAGCAGGCCCAGUUCCAAGGACCCUCAGGUGACUUAUCUGUACCUGCAGUGGAGAAAAGUCGAUCUCAUGGGCUCACAAGACAGGAUUCUAUUAAAAAUGGGUCAGGAGUGAAGCACCAAAUUGCCAGUGACAUAGCUUCAGACAGGAAAAGAAGUCCGUCGGUGUCCAGAGAUCAGAAGCGAAGAUACGACCAAAGGGAAGACAGAGAGGAAUAUCCACAGUAUGCUACUUCAGACAGCGCAAUGCCUAGGUCUCCAUCAGAUUAUGCUGAUAGGCGCUCUCAACGGGAACCUCAGUUUUAUGAAGAAUCUGAUCAUAUAAGUUAUAGGGACUCCAAUAGGAGAAGCCAUAAGCAUUCCAAAGAAUAUAUUGUAGAUGAUGAAGAUGUGGAGAGCAGAGAUGAAUAUGAAAGACAAAGGAGAGAGGAGGAAUACCAGGCACGCUAUCGAAGUGAUCCAAAUUUGGCCCGCUACCCAGUAAAGCCACAGCCCUAUGAAGAACAAAUGCGUAUUCAUGCUGAAGUGUCCAGGGCACGGCAUGAGAGAAGGCAUAGUGAUGUUUCUUUGGCAAAUGCUGAACUGGAAGAUUCCAGGAUUUCUAUGCUAAGGAUGGAACGACCAUCAAGGCAAAGAUCUGUAUCUGAACGUAGGGCUGCCAUGGAAAAUCAGCGAUCUUACUCAAUGGAGAGAACUCGAGAGGCUCAGGGACCAAGUUCUUAUCCGCAAAGGACCACAAACCACAGUCCUCCUACCCCCCGGAGGAGUCCAAUACCCAUCGAUAGACAAGAUAUGAGGCGUACUGACUCACUAAGGAAACAACACCACUUAGAUCCUAGCUCCGCUGUGAGGAAAACGAAACGGGAAAAAAUGGAAACGAUGUUAAGGAAUGAUUCUCUAAGUUCCGACCAGUCAGAGUCUGUGAGACCUCCACCACCAAAGCCUCAUAAAUCAAAGAAAGGAGGUAAAAUGCGCCAGGUUUCACUGAGCAGUUCAGAGGAGGAGCUAGCUUCCACACCUGAAUAUACGAGUUGUGAUGAUGUGGAGAUUGAAAGUGAGAGUGUAAGUGAAAAAGGGGACAGUCAAAAGGGAAAAAGAAAAACUAGUGAGCAGGCAGUUUUGUCGGACUCUAACAUCAGGUCUGAGAGACAAAAGAAAAUGAUGUACUUUGGUGGCCACUCUUUGGAAGAAGAUCUGGAAUGGUCUGAGCCUCAAAUUAAGGACUCUGGGGUAGAUACCUGUAGUAGCACAACCCUUAACGAGGAGCAUAGCCAUAGUGAUAAGCACCCUGUGACAUGGCAGCCAUCUAAAGAUGGAGAUUGUUUAAUUGGUCGUAUUUUAUUAAACAAACGUCUAAAAGAUGGAAGUGUACCUCGAGAUUCAGGAGCAAUGCUUGGCUUGAAGGUUGUAGGAGGUAAGAUGACUGAAUCAGGUCGGCUCUGUGCAUUUAUAACCAAAGUAAAAAAAGGAAGUUUGGCUGAUACUGUAGGACAUCUUAGACCAGGUGAUGAAGUGUUGGAAUGGAAUGGAAGGCUAUUGCAAGGAGCCACCUUUGAAGAAGUAUAUAACAUCAUUCUGGAAUCCAAACCUGAACCACAAGUGGAGCUCGUUGUUUCAAGGCCUAUUGGAGAUAUUCCGAGAAUACCCGACAGCACACAUGCACAGCUGGAAUCUAGUUCUAGUUCAUUCGAAUCUCAGAAAAUGGAUCGUCCUUCUAUUUCCGUCACCUCUCCCAUGAGUCCUGGCAGGCUGAGAGACGCCCCACAGUUCUUAUCGGGACAGCUUGCAAUAAAACUAUGGUUUGACAAGGUUGGUCACCAGUUAAUAGUUACAAUUUUGGGAGCAAAGGAUCUCCCUUCCAGGGAAGAUGGGAGGCCAAGGAAUCCUUAUGUUAAAAUUUACUUUCUUCCAGACAGAAGUGAUAAAAAUAAGAGAAGAACUAAAACUGUAAAGAAAACACUGGAACCCAAAUGGAACCAAACGUUCAUUUAUUCUCCAGUCCACCGAAGAGAAUUUCGGGAACGAAUGCUGGAAAUUACCCUUUGGGAUCAAGCUCGAGUUCGAGAGGAAGAAAGUGAAUUCUUAGGAGAGAUCUUGAUUGAAUUAGAAACGGCGUUAUUAGAUGACGAGCCGCACUGGUACAAACUUCAGACUCAUGACGUCUCGUCGUUGCCACUCCCCCGUCCUUCCCCACAUAUGCCACGGCGGCAGCUCCACGGAGAGAGCCCCACGCGGAGGUUGCAAAGGUCAAAGAGAAUCAGUGAUAGCGAAGUCUCUGACUAUGACUGUGAUGAUGGAAUUGGUGUAGUAUCAGAUUAUCGACACAAUGGUCGAGAUCUUCAAAGCUCAACACUGUCAGUGCCAGAACAAGUAAUGUCAUCAAACCAUUGUUCACCAUCAGGGUCUCCCCACCGAGUAGACGUCAUAGGAAGGACUCGGUCAUGGUCACCCAGUGUCCCUCCUCCACAAAGUCGGAAUGUGGAGCAGGGACUUCGAGGGACACGCUCUACUACUGGACAUUACAAUACAAUUAGCCGGAUGGACAGGCAUCGUGUCAUGGAUGACCGUUACUCUCCAGAUAGAGACAGUCAUUUUCUCACUCUACCUCGCUCCAGACACAGUCAGAGCCCUGAACGUCAUCACAGGGACGGCAGGGAUUGUGAAGCAGCAGAUAGACAGCCAUAUCACAGAUCCAGAUCAACAGAACAGCGGCCUCUCCUAGAGCGGACCACCACCCGCUCCAGAUCCACUGAGCGUCCUGACACAAACCUCAUGAGGUCGAUGCCUUCAUUAAUGACUGGAAGAUCUGCCCCUCCUUCACCUGCCUUAUCGAGGUCUCAUCCUCGUACUGGGUCUGUCCAGACAAGCCCAUCAAGCACUCCAGUGGCAGGACGUAGGGGCCGGCAACUUCCACAACUUCCACCAAAGGGGACACUGGAGAGAAGUGCUAUGGAUAUAGAGGAGAGAAACCGCCAAAUGAAAAUUAACAAAUACAAACAGGUAGCCGGAUCAGAUUCCAGACUGGAACAAGAGUACCAUUCAAAGUAUCGAUCAGGAUGGGAUCCUCAUAGAGGGGCAGAUAACAUUUCCACUAAAUCUUCGGACAGUGAUGUAAGCGAUAUAUCUGCGGUUUCAAGGACUAGUAGUGCUUCUCGUUUCAGCAGCACAAGCUACAUGUCUGUCCAAUCAGAGCGGCCGAGAGCAAACAAGAAAAUCAGUGUCUUUACAUCCAAAAUGCAAAGCAGACAAAUGGGCAUCUCAGGGAAGAACAUGACCAAAAGCACCAGCAUCAGCGGAGACAUGUGCUCGCUGGAGAAGAACGACGGCAGCCAAUCGGACACUGCGGUGGGCGCCUUGGGUACCAGCUGCCAAAAGCGGCGCUCCAGCAUCGGGGCCAAAAUGGUAGCUAUCGUGGGGCUCUCGCGGAAGAGUCGCAGCGCUUCUCAGCUCAGCCAAACGGAAGCAGGGGGGAAGAAGCUCCGGAGCACCGUGCAGAGGAGUACAGAGACCGGCCUGGCAGUGGAAAUGAGGAACUGGAUGACCCGACAGGCGAGCCGGGAGUCUACGGACGGCAGCAUGAACAGCUACAGCUCGGAGGGAAAUCUGAUUUUCCCCGGUGUCCGCUUGGCCUCCGACAGCCAGUUCAGCGACUUUCUGGACGGCCUGGGCCCCGCCCAGCUGGUGGGGCGUCAGACUCUGGCUACGCCUGCAAUGGGUGACAUCCAGGUGGGAAUGAUGGACAAAAAGGGACAGUUGGAGGUGGAGAUCAUUCGGGCGCGUGGCCUUGUUGUAAAACCAGGUUCCAAGACACUGCCAGCACCAUAUGUAAAGGUGUAUCUGCUCGAUAACGGAGUCUGUGUGGCCAAAAAGAAGACAAAAGUGGCAAGAAAAACGCUGGAACCCCUAUACCAGCAGCUAUUAUCUUUCGAAGAAAGUCCCCAAGGGAAGGUUUUACAGAUCAUUGUCUGGGGAGACUAUGGCCGCAUGGACCACAAAUCUUUCAUGGGAGUGGCCCAGAUACUUUUGGAUGAACUGGAGCUAUCCAACAUGGUGAUUGGAUGGUACAAACUUUUCCCCCCUUCCUCCCUAGUAGAUCCAACCUUGGCCCCUCUGACGAGAAGAGCUUCCCAAUCAUCUCUGGAAAGUUCAACCGGACCUUCUUACUCCCGUUCAUAGCAGCUGUAAAACUGUUGUCAUAGCAACCAGCGUUACAAAAAAAAUCCCAGGUCGCUAACCCUGGUAACACUGCAUGCUUAACGUUGUGUCUUCUGAGCCUGUUUCUCGGGCUACAGAGCGGUCCUGUGUUCUCAGAGGAAGUCGCACACAUUGUGCCCUGAAGAAGGCCCUCAGGUGAAAGAACAGAGCUAUGAAGAGCUGUCAGGUCCGGAGUUCAGUGACACUCAGAUUUUGGUCCAACCCGAAGCCAUGGAUUAAUCUCAAAGAAUCAGUCAGUUUCAUGCAACAAAAGCCCUUUUCAAUGGCACCGUUAUAUUUUUAUCGUUCGUUUUUCUUCAUUUCUCUUGACCCCGAAGCCCUGCUAUGCCACACAAAUGGAGCUCUACAGCCACUCAGCCAUGUUACAGGUCAAGGAGCAAAGUCCUAGGAAGCAUCAGGUGCAAAGCAGGAGACCAAAGACGUGGUCCGGGACAAGCCGCCAGCCCGCCCCUGGACGGCGACCAGGGGCGGCCGGGCCAGCGUGAGCGGCGGCCGGGUCAGAGCUCCAGCGGGCGUGUCCUUCUGUACCGCCAGGACUGUGGGCCUCUGGGAAACAGAACUCUGGCGACACUGUACUGAAUGAAAUUAACGAAACUUUUUUUGCAUGGACACAGAUUAGCUGAAUACUUAAAUUAUUUUCUUGGGGCUGCAACUUGCAAAAAAAAAACAAGAAUAAAAAUCAGCCAUUUUCAACAAUUUAUAUUAUUUUUAAAAAUAAAUUUCACUAAUGCAUGGUUUUAAAAGGGGAGAGAAUGCAACAGGGUGAUACAAAGACACACCAUGUUUAUUCUUUAAACUAUAAAUCAUAGUCUGUGUUUUGGCAGACAUUACAAAUGAAAAUACUUUCUAGAAAAUACUUAAAAUUCUCUUUAUGUGACAAGUAUAUAUUCAAUUUAUUUCCAUGUUAAAUAUACAAAUCUAAUGAAGUUCAGUAUGUGCAAAUUGUCCACCUCUCGUUUUUCCCCUCCUCUCUCUCUCAAUCUUGUACUUCCUUUCUCCCUACCAGAGUGAACAUUAUACUAAAAAAACGGCGAGUUUUUGACCUGAUACUCUGUUGUACCCCAUUUUUGAUUCAGAGCUCUACAUGCUUCUGAAUUUGCAAAUUCUCAAGGGAAAAUAUUUAAGAGCUUUCUUUAUUUCAAGCAUGUUGAAAAGGAUUUCGCAACAUGACUUGGGAAUAGAUUAAAGUAAGUCAGCAUGUGUUUGAUAAAGAAGACAUUUGAACUUUUGCAAUCUGUUGUACAGUGCAUGGUGAUUUUAUUUUCACCUUCAAAAUUUAGUUUACAGGAAAUUCCAAAUUCAUGUGGCCAUUGUAAUGUCUAAUCAAUUUGUUUUUAGCACCAGCAUCAUUCAUACAGGGGUUAAAGCAUUAUUUCUAGACAGUCUUAGGUUUUGGAGGUUUUUUUAAUUAAUUAAAGCAAUUUCUUUACCCAGUUUCCAUUUACUAUGUGGAUAGAGACACUUCUAAAACUUUGGAGCCCUGAGACACUGUUGUUUAUUAAUUCAUUUUUUCUGUAGUAAAAAUUCAAUUUUGCACAAAUUAUAUUUCUAAAGAAAUACAGUAAACAGGAAUUUACAACCAAUCAUUUUAAGGCUCCAAUUUUUAGAUAACUCAAAGAAAGUCAGUCUGCCUAUUAAUCGUUCUUUGAAGCCAUCACCAAAAGUCUACUCACCAAUCCCCCAAAGUCACACCCCUGCCUUUGAUUUUACAGACAGCUGUUGUUACCAUCGGGUGGUGCUGCAAGGUCAAAUUUCUCUGCGUUCCCUUGUGUAAAGGAAAGGUCACUGGUGAGUGUGGUGAACCGCCCGCACUUUCUGCUUCUUUAUGUACACGUGAUAGCACGUUCUUACACUGAUUUGCAUUUCUUGCAAUAACUUUUGAAAUCCACAUACCAUUUCUUUAAACUGAUGCCAUGCACAAAAAUUGCUUUUUUUUGUUUUGUUUUGUUUUUAAAUUCAGUGCUGACCAUUAAAAACUAUCAUGCUUGAUAUGGUGCAAAAGUUAAAAUGAGUAUCACGAAAAAUGCCUUCUCUUUACGUGGUGCAAUAUGAACUCACCGAGACUGUGUCUUGGCAUUGUGAGAUAGGCCCCGGUAAAGCUGUUCAGAGUAAAACGCCACUGAAGUACUUUAGACACUUGUGUACCAGCAGCAAUUGGUUUAAUAGACCUGUAGUGUCUAUGCGCUCCCUUAGAAUAAACGUUUACCAUUUUCCUGAUACAAAGGCACAGUCACAUAAUCUUUUGUGCAUAUUCCUAUAUAAAUUAUUUCUAAUUUUAAUAAGAAGGACAUGACUGUAUGGAAUAUUUGUACAUACUCGUCAUUAUGCAGUAUUUAUUUAAAAGUUGGUGUUGUUUUUUUUUUAAUUUUCACAUGUCUGUACCUCGACUUGUGGUUUAGCCAUGUAAAUAGCACUGCUCCAGUGACCCUCGCUGCCCUGUGCAUAGUGUGUUUGAAAAGUAAAGGGACUUCCAGUUGGGGAAAAAAGGGCAGAUUAGUCCUGUAAUGAACACCAACUAAUGUAAAUCAAAUUCAUUCUGGUGAUGGUA